AUGUCGUUCGACUUGACUAAUGCUCCAGCCACGUUUUGCACUCUGAUGAACCAGGUCUUUUGGGAAUACAUUGAUGAGUUUGUGGUGGUCUACUUGGAUGACAUUGUGGUGUAUAGCAAAACGCUGGGUGAACACCUGGAGCACCUGAGGAAAAUCCUAACUCAGUUGCGGGAGCAUGAGUUGUACGUGAAGUUAUCUAAAUGCUCCUUCGCCCAAAAACAGAUUGACUUCCUAGAACAUGUUAUCGAAGAAGGUCGCAUCAAGAUGAAACAACAAAAGAUCCAGGAUGUCACAGAUUGGCCGCCACCUAAGGAUAUUCUCGCCUUGAGGGCGUUCCUUGGCCUAUGCAAAUUUUAUCGACGGUUCGUCAAAAACUACUCUCUCAUUGCAUUGCUACUGACAGAGCUCCUCAAGAAGAUCACACCUUUGGAUUGGGCGCCAAAGAAAGCAGAAGCCUUCGACUCACUGAAAGUGGCUAUGUCUAAUAGCCCCGUCUUGGCCUUUCCUGACUUGACCAAACCGUUCAAAGUAAUAAACGGAUGCCUCUGGAUAUGGAUUGGGCGGAGUCUUACUACAAGAGGGGCACCCGGUUGCAUAUGCGAGCUGAAAGUUGAAGGAUGCGGAACGACACUAUGCCGCCCAAUAGAAGGAAUUGUUGGCUGUCGUCCACUGCUUACGCCUUUGGAGGCACUAUCUUCUAGGGACCUAUUCGUGGUGAAGACGGACAACACUGCUGUCAGUCAUUUCAUGACCCAGCCAAAGCUAAAUGGUCGACAGGCUAGAUGGCAGGAACUUCUAGCAGAAUUUCACUUCAAGCUAGAGUACCGAAGUGGGAAGACCAAUCAUGUCGCAGACGCACUAAGUCAAAGGGCUGCCUAA